GAGGCCGUCGUGCACAAAAGCAUCGAAUACGAAGGCACUACGUCCUUUGCGCUCCCACCGACGCAGCCCUACCGCUAUUCGCUCUCACUGAAAAGCGGCAAGCUCCGCAUCUGGCUCGAGAACUGCGAAAGCAAGAAACAGUGGUGCACGAACGACUUAAUACUUAUCGACUAUGUUAACCCCUCCAACUACAUUCCGGAUGUGGUGCCGUUGACUGCAUCGAGGUGCUGCUUCCGUGAGUUACUGAAUCGAGCUGUCGAAGACGCAAGUGAGUUUCCACGAUCUCUGCAGAGCACAGAGGAGAGCCAUUUGCAACAGGAAUUCUCGGUCAAGAUUCAAGCGAUGCUGCGCCCUCGUAUGCUGACGUACGCGUUCGACUUGGAGCCGAUUUCGGUCGAGCGGGUUGAUAUUCUCGAGGCCAAGCUGCGCGACCUACAGGACGAGGUGAAAGAUCUCCGA